AUGGAUCCUAAUCCUACACCAGACCAGCUCCCAAGUCUCAGCACAACAACCAACAAAGCUGUAUUGGCAGACGACGCAGAAGCGUCAAGCUCCAAAGAUAUCCCAAAUCCCCUUACCGUGGACAACAGAGCUGUACCACUGGAUGAGGAAGGGCCUCUAAGCCCCAACAAUAUCUCAAAUCGCCUUACUCAACUCGCGCGCCUUUCAACUCUUCGAGGAAGUCAUGCCAACCGCUUCUCCGCCGAGGCGCAAAGUAUAAACCAGUGCCUCAAUCAGCUAGAAUUUCUGCUUAAUCCACGCUCAAAUGUACAGUUAAAUAUGACGCAAGGAGUCGCCUCAAACCAACAAACACAAAAUCAGCGUGGUCGUAGUCCCGGAUCCGAUCCUGGUCCUGACCCUGGCGCGUCGAGGAGACCGGAUGGUCUAAGAGGCCCGGCCGCUUCUUCUAAUUCAAUGGCUCAUUCCCAUGCGCGUUCUCUAGGGGAGCUUUCGACGGCGCAGCUGACGCAGCCGGCGCGGACGCUGUUCGAGACGCCAAAAGUCUACAAUCUGGUGAAGGAAUUCGACGAGGAAAUGCAAAGGUUGAGCGAUGCUUUCUUGAAACGCCGCGAGGAGACAUUCUAUAUAUAUUCGCUCCAUGACAAGGAACGAAAACGGAUGCGAUGUAGGAUAGCCGAACUAGAGGCCGAAAUUGAAGAGCUCCAGGCAGAUAUGCAGCAGGAAAUGGCCGAGCGAGAAGCACUCCAGGGCACCGUUCGUGGGUUUGAAACAUGGAUUGAACGGUAUCAGGAGGAGUAUCAGUUGGCCCACAAGAAGAAACCAGCAGAGACCCCAAGACAGAAGGGUCGAGGGUGGUGGUCGAAGCAGAAAGUUUGCCAGCCGGGUGAUUUUGACGUGGAUGCACUUUUUGACGGUAUCACAGCUUGGAUGCGAGGCUGGGCUGAUGUCGAAGAAGAAUUCCGCAAUCGCGAGACAGCCCGCAGGCAAAGAAGGAUUGGGAAGAACAAGCAAAGACAAGAUAUAACGAAUAUACAAAGGGAGUCUUCGACUAACGACUAG